AUGGGGUAUGCACCAAAUGGACAUUGUGGGAUAGGGACUUUUGCGUUUGAGGGAGUGGAGGAAAGAGAUAUGAAUCGGGAAUGGGAUAGAACGCAGCCGGAAAGAUCAGAGCAAGGUUGUAACGGACAUGGGGGAUUUUACAAAGGUUUCUUCUCCACGGAGGUCCCGUCAAAGCACUUCAACCCGGCGAGGAGGAAAAAUGGGCCGUGCGUAAGUUCGACUAGCGUGACGCAAAGUUUGAAAUCGAACGGUGUGAUUGUGAAGAAAGAGGAGGAGCCAGAAAAGAGGAAGAAAGACUCUGUGAGGGAGCAGAUCAGACAAGUGGUGACCAACCUGCAAGAUGUUCUGGGAGGCCUCAAGCAAGUCCAUGUGGAGAUGAGAGAGGUGGUGGAGCAAAUAGAUCGUCUGACUGCCAAUAUUGACCUCAGCGAGGAGACAGCCGGCAUCACCCAAGGCCCUGAAAGUAAUAGUAAUUGCUUGGACUUUUCUGAAGACUUGCGAGUGGUUUCUCUUGGAAACCACAGACCUCAAACAGCCCGGUAUGUAGACGAAGAACACAUUAUUUUACGCACAAAGUCUCCAUCGCCCAUACACAAGGCGUCUGUGGUCAAAACAAACCGGAUCGUCCCAUCGGUGAAGCAGAACGGAUUAAAAAACGGUCACCCGCCUCAGCUUCAUAAUGGCAACCACACGGGACAUACCAUUUCAGCGCAAGAGACGCCCCACCCGCAUUCGCUGGACCCGAAAGUCAUUAUAGAAAGCAGGACGCAAAAACCCCCUCCGUAUCCGCAGAACGGGAGAUGUGGAAAAGUGGACUUGGAGAAGCAGGCAGGGGAGAGAAUCACGAGCGGUGGCGCUAGCAUCUAG